UUCCCUUCCCUUCCCUUUCCAUUUUCCGUCCAAAUUCGCCCCCUCCCUUUUCUCUUUCUUUUCCACCUACUCAUAGUUUUUCCUCUUUUCUUCAUCCCAUUCCUUAAGCAUCAAGGGUUCCCUUUAAUUUUUGAUUAUUCUCUUUCAAGCGCCUCAGUAUCAUGAAUCUCAAAACCGUAGCUAAUCAUCCUCACAUUCCUUAUUUUCAGACCCCCAACAAGAAAUUCGAUCGAAAAUUUAUUUUUCCGAAAAUUAGUUACCGAAUUUUGGGUCGCAAAAACAAUCGGUUGAUAACGCAUUGUAUUUAUCCAAUCCGUGAAUUAGAGAAUGCUGAAAAAAUUUCUCCAGUUACAGAAGAAGAAGAAGUAGAGAAAAUACAGUUUACUGAAGAGUCUGCUGCAACUGAAAUACAGGAGUUUUCAGAGAAUGAUAGCAUAUGGACUCAAAUGGUGGAGAUUGUGAAGUUCUCUGGACCUGCAGUUGGGCUUUGGAUAUGUGGGCCGUUGAUGAGUCUCAUUGACACUGCUGUUAUUGGCCAAGGCAGCUCCAUUGAGCUUGCAGCUUUAGGGCCAGGAACAGUGUUAUGCGAUUAUGCAAGUUAUGUUUUCAUGUUCCUUUCAAUUGCUACUUCAAAUAUGGUAGCUACGGCUCUUGCUAGACAGGAUAAAGAUGAGGUGCAGCAUCAGAUUUCUAUCUUGUUAUUCAUUGGAUUGGCUAGUGGUUUUCUGAUGCUUUUGCUCACUAGAUUUUACGGCGUCUCAGCACUGACUGCUUUUACUGGGGCAAAUAAUGCAGAGAUCGUAGCUGCAUCGAACACAUAUGUUCAGAUUCGAGGCUUAGCAUGGCCAGCAGUGCUGAUUGGAUGGGUUGCUCAAAGUGCCAGCUUAGGAAUGAAAGAUUCAUGGGGCCCUUUAAAGGCUUUGGCUGUGGCAAGUGCUAUAAAUGGCAUUGGUGACAUAGUCUUGUGCAGAUUCUUAGGAUAUGGUAUUGCUGGAGCGGCAUGGGCAACAAUGGUGUCACAGGUUGUUGCAGGUUACAUGAUGAUUGAAGCUCUGAACAAGAAAGGAUAUAAUGGUUUUUCCAUCUCUAUUCCAUCAGCAGAGGAACUCCUUCAGAUAUUCACGCUCGCAGCUCCAGUGUUUGUGACAAUGAUGUCAAAGGUAGCAUUUUACGCACUAAUCAUCUACUUCGCUACAUCAAUGGGAACACAAACUGUUGCUGCUCAUCAGGUCAUGAUACAAUUGUAUAGCAUGUGUGCUGUAUGGGGUGAGCCUCUUUCUCAAACAGCUCAGUCAUUUAUGCCUGAACUGAUAUAUGGAGCUAAUCGAAGUUUAGCAAAGGCUCGAACAUUACUGAAGUACCUGGUCAUUAUCGGUGCAUUAAGUGGACUGAUAUUGGGAUCUAUCGGAACAUCAGUUCCGUGGCUAUUCCCUAAACUCUUUUCCUCCGAUCCUGAGGUUGGACGUGAGAUGCACAAGGUGUUGGUCCCUUACUUCCUUGCACUGUUUAUCACACCUAGUACUCAUAGCCUUGAAGGCACGUUGUUGGCUGGACGAGACUUGAAAUUCAUUAGUAUGUCAAUGAGCACGAUCUUUUGUUUGGGCACUCUUCUCCUGCUGCUGCUGAGCAGAAGCGGUUAUGGCUUAACUGGGUGUUGGUUUGUACUCGUUUCAUUUCAAUGGGCUCGGUUUUCUGUUGCACUACGACGCCUGACAUUACCAAAUGGGAUUCUCUACUCCGAAGAUGCUACUCAUUAUCAAGCCGGGAAGCUGAAAACUGUAUAGUUUAUGAAGACAAAUGUCAGAAUAGACAAACUGUACGUGGUAUUCAUAUCAUGAUAUUCAAAGGAUUGGCACCAAUAGGAGUAGUUCUGGAUGGCAUGUUGUAAUCUGCGGAUUCUAAUGUAGUUUUCAGCUUUUGUAUUUUAGAAGCAAAAUAUAUUGUAUUAGGCAAUAGAAACGAUACAAAUCAUGUCAGGAAUUCACAUUAUUGCCCACGAAUAUGUGGGAUUACGAUUCAAUUCUUGCAGCAUUACGAAUUCUCUAGAAUAUUAAUAUCA